UGAGAAACUUGAAGUCUUAGACGUAAGCCAGCAUUUUUCUUCUCUAGUUCUCAAUUCUCAUCCUUCCGCCUGCAGCUCCGGGUUCGUGCUAUUUUCCUCAGUCUUCGUGCUUUUCAUGAUCAACUGCUCGGAUUUGCGAAGUUUCGUACACUCGAAAAGGCUCUGCCGCUGAUUUAAGAGCUUGUUUGAUAGAGUUCACGCCUACUUGGAGUAUAAGAAGUAGGUCAUUGCAAAUUGCAGUUUUAUUGAAGUUUCUGUUUCAGAGAAAAUGGUAACUAGGACGGUUGAUUUUCGGUCAGACACAGUGACAAAGCCAACAGAAGCGAUGCGAGCUGCCAUGGCAAAUGCUGAAGUGGAUGAUGAUGUGCUAGGCUCUGACCCAACUGCUGCUCGCUUAGAAAAAGAGAUGGCAAAAAUAAUGGGGAAGGAGGCAGCCUUGUUUGUUCCAUCAGGGACUAUGGGAAACCUGGUGAGUGUGCUUGUUCACUGUGAUAUCAGGGGAAGUGAAGUGAUUCUGGGAGACAAUUCCCAUAUUCAUAUUUAUGAGAAUGGAGGCAUUUCCACAAUUGGAGGGGUACAUCCAAGAACUGUGAAAAAUAAUAAGGAUGGAACCAUGGACAUUAACUUGAUUGAGGCUGCCAUCAGAGAUCCAAAGGGGGAGCUUGUCUAUCCAACCACUAGGCUUAUCUGCUUGGAAAAUACCCAUGCAAAUUCUGGUGGGAGAUGCCUUUCUGCAGAAUAUAUAGACAAGGUUGGAGAAUUAGCUAAGAGCCAUGGACUGAAGCUUCAUAUUGAUGGAGCUCGUAUUUUCAAUGCAUCGGUUGCACUCGGUGUUCCUGUGGAUAGGCUUGUCCAAGCAGCAGAUUCAGUUUCAGUUUGCCUGUCAAAAGGUCUGGGUGCUCCAGUUGGAUCUGUUAUCGUUGGCUCCAGUAGCUUUAUCACUAAGGCUAGGCGGCUCCGAAAAACCCUAGGUGGAGGAAUGAGACAGAUCGGCAUCCUUUGUGCUGCGGCACUAGUUGCUGUGCAGGAAAAUGUUGCAAAACUGGAGAGUGAUCACAGGAAAGCUAAACUUAUGGCUGAAGGACUGAACCAAAUUAAAGGACUUAAGCUAGAUGUCAGUUCUGUGGAGACCAAUAUUAUAUUUAUUGAUAUUGAAGAAAGCUCAAGAAUUACAGCGGGAAAGCUAUUCAAGGACUUGGAACAACGUGGUAUCCUUUUGAUGCUGGAAAGUUCUAAAAGAUUGAGAAUCGUGAUGCAUCAUCAAAUAUCAGCAAGUGAUGUGCAGUACGCCUUGUCAUGCUUUCAGCAAGCUGUGAAGGGGGUGCAAAGUGAAAAUGGCAUCUAGUCAGAAGAAUUUGAGUUUGCUGCUUUUAAUUAUAUAUAAUUCCGUUGGGUUAUGUGAACACAUACGUAGAUGUAGACCUUCCUGUCUCUCUUAAUGGGUCUUAUGGAACGUAUGUAAGAACAAUUGGUCCCAGCUAUGUUUUAAUAAAUUAGAUUGAAUAAAUUUAUUGUGCCCAAGUUAUUUGAGAUUAUAUUGGUGAAGAAGGUGUUCUUCAACUUGCCUUAA